GCGACCGGCCCAUGUGCCGCCGUAUUCCCAAAUUCAUACUUUGACGAACAUGUCCACCGAACACGUCGACCAAACCGAGAAGGCUUUCCAAAAGCAAGACGGUGUCUUCCUCGCCUCGAAGAAGUUCGCUGGCAAGAAGUCGGGCCCUCGUUUCUACAAGUCGAUUGGGUUGGGCUUCAAGACCCCCAAGACCGCCAUCGAAGGCGGGUACGUGGACAAGAAGUGCCCUUUCACCGGCAACGUCUCGAUCCGUGGCCGUAUCUUGAAGGGUGUGGUCUUGUCCAACAAGAUGAAGCGCACCAUCAUCGUUCGCCGUGAUUAUUUGCACUACAUCAAGAAGUACAAGCGUUUCGAAAAGCGCCACAAGAACGUGGCUGCCCACGUCUCGCCUGCUUUCCGUGUCAAGGAAGGUGACGUCGUGACGAUCGGUCAAUGCCGUCCUUUGGCCAAGACCGUCCGCUUCAACGUGUUGGAAGUCGAAGCCGCUUCGGAAACCAAGCCCAUCAACGUGCGCAAGCAAUUCCGUCAAUUUUAAAUUGAGGACUCGCCUCAACCAAAACAUGAAUUUGGGUUGUACGAUC